CGUCAAAGAUAUUUAGAGUAAAAAGUUUGGCAUCAGAAAACAGGAAAUAAAUAUUGCAGUCAUUCGAAACAAUUCAGUCGUCGGGAACAGAUAUAAAAUUCGACAAAAAUAAAAAUAAUAAAAAAUAUAAAAAUGGGAAAGGAAAAUAAAUAUAAACCGAAUGCCGAAAAACCAACCAAACCAACCAUGAAGCGGUACUUCGGCAAGCCCCUCCAACAGCAUCAACUAAAAGCUGGAGAACAGGUUACUCACCCUCCAUAUGGAGGUCCUGCCGCCUCUGGUUUGCAGAAGCAGAAGCAGGAAGAGGAGCAAGGAGAAUGGCAGACACAAAGGUGUCAGAAGAGGCGCGAUAAGGCCGGGGAAGGCUGGGGCGGAAAGCAGCAGCAGCAGCAGCGUCUUCAGGGCCACAAUGAACAACACCAAGGAGGCUCCCAGUUCUAUGGUCCACCAAAACCGCAAGACGAACUCCCAAAAUGGCCAAGAGCCCAGAACCGAGGUCUGCCUCUGCAGCCUCUGCUCCCUCGGACCCAAAAAGUAAUGCCGCCACUCCCAGCAGGCACCAUGAAACGUGGAACUUUGGGAAAACCAGGACAAGUAUCUGUUAAUUAUCUCGACGUUAACUUGGAUAAAAUGCCUGCGGUGGCCUAUCAGUACGAUGUGAAGAUCACGUCAGUAUUUCCUAAGAAGGAGGGCGACAUCGACGUCGCUGCUCCCCAGUUCGGUUUCCGAUGAGGGCUUUGCAUUGUCGACUUCCAAUUCGAUUGAGGAAGCGAAUUGAGUGCGUAGAACGGAUUCAUUGCUCGAAUUUACACUGGACACUGACAUUGUAUCUCAAAAGAAUUAACAACAAAUUUGGGAAAAAUCUAGAAGUUAUAAAUGGAAGCUCACAAGCACAUCCGAUGACAAUUUAUUAAAAAAUAUUGAACUUUUCGACAAGUUCUCUCUGCGCUUCAACGAACGCAUUUUAUUCAUCAAAGAUGUUAUAGGACCAAGUGAAAUAUGUUGCUGGUCCUUUUAUGGGCACGGAAAAAAGGUUGCUGAAGUGUGUUGUACUUCUAUAGUUUAUGCAACUGAUCGAAAACAUAAUAAAGUGGAAUUUCCUGAGGCACGUAUUUACGAAGAAACACUUAAAGUGUUGCUAUACGAGAAUCGAAACGCCCCUGACCAAGAUCUAAUGCAGGCCACAUCUUCUGUACGUGUGGGGGUGUUAGCGGAACAAGCAUGCAUCAGUAUACAAGCGACGAAGAGGAAGAGCGAACUGGACUAGCGCGGUUGCAAUCAAACAAACGGAACAACCCCACAUGACACGCAUAGGUUUUUUAUAAACUCAGUUUUGAUGGCGUUGCCUAUCUACAAGUUCAGCUCGUUGCUGACUUCUAGCGUCAGUAAAUGUAUAAAACGCGAUCGGAUGUAUAGUUCAUUAAUAUAAUUUUUUAAAUAAAAAUUAACCCUAUCUGAAACUGUUUACAAAUGAAAUUAAAAGAACCGUCGAAUAA